CUGUUACAUCCGGCGGUAUUCGCACUAACUGACAGAGCUAACUACAGCCUCUCAGCACCAUCCAACCAGUAGCUUGCUGAGUAGCUUUUAGCUAGCUCCAAACUGUGCCGAAUAUAUAGCAUAUAGCAAAUCUUAUCGAUGAGUCGCAAAAAAAACCACAGUUUCGCCGAAACGGGCCUGUCUCCUGAACUCCACGGUGUCUUCAUGGAGCCUCUCGGAUCAGCGAGCCGAGCCGACGGAGAUUUCCUGGAGCUGGAGCCCGACGAGGAGCUGCUGUGCUCGGUCAGUGACAUCACCGAACACCUCGGUAGAAACAUCACCUUGGUACUGGAAACAGCUCUAUCUGAGAUCCGCAAAAUGGUCAGCAUUAGGAUAAGAGUCCUGAAAAUGGAACUCCGCGAAAAAACUGAGGAAAUCGAAGUAUUAAAGGCCAGACUGGAUACAGUUCAGAGGGAAUGUAGGGACCCUUUCCCCGGCUUUACGUCCAUGGAGACUUCUGCAGAUGUUGGCCUCAAGAAACCUGACAGCUCUGCCAGCAAACACAACAGUGUCGACCCCAGGAGAGCCAAAGCCGUCAUGCCUGGUGUGAAAAAGGAGAACAUAGAUGCAAUCUGCGACUAUUUAAUGAAAGACAAGAAUUCGAGGGGGUGUGCUGAAAUGGACGGUGAUCAGAGCAGCCAAGCCAGCGGCGACAGGGAGGUUCGCCAAGAGCCGGACCCGCACUCCCUCAACCUGUGGCCAGACAGCGGGAUGGCUGGCUCCGGGCAUGGGCACGGAGACUCCGAGUCCGCCACAGAUGACAUCUUCAGCAUGCUUCCCUCUGGCAGCAAACGGAUGUAUGACUAUGAAUGGGUAGCACCCAUGGAGUAUUCUUCAGAACUGAAAGUCAUGAAGGAGUCAGAGUGUGAGAACGCCCCCACUGAUGAGACAGAGGAUGAUGAUGAGGAUGGAACGUCGAGGAGAGAGGGGGGUGGACUGGAGCAAGUCGAGGCCCCACUCCCACAUGACCAGCCCUCUGAGUUCUCCAUAGAGCCUCAGAGCUCUCCAGGGGAGGAAGGGAGUCCCUUGGAGGGCAACACAGACAGGCUCGCAGCAGGCCAGCAGUUCCCCAGCCACACCUAUAUCUGCUCUCUGUGCGGAACCUUCUGCCCUGACUCUGUGUUCCUAGAGGAGCAUGUCAAACUGAUACAUUCAGACUCUGCAGAUAUUCAGGCUUUCCAGGCCCUGCAGUCCACCUGCUCAGCUUCCUCCACCAUGGGAGAUGGCAAUAGUGACCCCAGGAGGGGUGGAGGGGGACAGAACAAGGGCGCUACAGGAGCAGGGACUAGUGCUGACAUUGGUCGGGGUGGGGGGCCAAUGAAAAAGGAGAUUAAAAUCGAGGGCGGGUAUGAAUGUGGGGACUGUGGUCGCCAUUUUAACUAUCUUGGUAACCUGCGGCAGCACCAGCGUAUCCACACCGGAGAGAAGCCCUUCAUGUGUCCAGAGUGUGGAGAGCGGUUCCGCCACGCAGCCCGCUUAAAAAGCCACAGGCUGGUACACAGCGGAGCCCAGAGCCCCUUCCCCUGCCCCCAGUGCGGCAAAGGUUUCUCUGUGCUCUCUGGACUCAAGAGACACCAACGGGUGCACACUGGCGAGAGCCCGUAUGCCUGUCCACAGUGCGGCCGCCGCUUCAAGGAGCUAGGUAACCUGUACACCCACCAGAGGAUCCACAGCGGGGCCACACCCUACUGCUGUCAGCAGUGCGGACGCAGCUUCCGUCAUCUGGGAACCUACAAGAGCCACCGCUGCACCGCGACACAGUAACCAGCCCAGCUGCUAUGCUUUUUACUGUGUUCUCUGAUACUAAGAACUUUAAAGUGGAUGUCAAAGACAGAACAUGUUGCUGACUUUAAGGCAUGUGUCUUCGUUGCGUGGCUCUCUGUUGGAGGUGCUUGUCAUGUACCAUGGCGUUUAUCCAGAAAGCUGCCAGAGCCUUUGUUUUCUGUUACAAUCAUGACCCCCACCCCCGGGCAUCAAGAAAAGCUGCAUUAUUGAAUUGCUGACCGCAGUUUAACAAAAUAAUGUCAACUAAAGAUCCUUGUCCCACAGACGGCAAAAACUUACACCUCUCAUAUUUUAAAGAUGCAAAAUGUUACUUGGAUUAAGUUUCCUUGAUUGACUGACUUCCUGCAUAGUGUCAGAUUCUGUUAUUAUUAUUAUUAUUAUAAUAUUGUGGGAUGCUACAUAUUUAAAGAUCAUUUUUAAGUCAUAAAAAUAAAACAGCAUAAACUGAUA